GUCUUAAAUUGAUUUCUGUUGAUCGCGAAUGUCUACUGUCGCUCGUGGACACACUCUUUCUCUCUUCUUUUUUUUCGGGGUAAAUCCUUUUCGCUAAUUAUUAUACCAAGUGAAUCGUUUAGAAUUUCAAUUGGUUCUAGUUACGUGAUCCGUCAUUUAAAUCAAAUUUAAGGAUUUAAUUUUAAUACACGGUGCGAGAAAAAACCAAAAACCAAUCGUACGCAUCAAUCAAUUCGUUUUACAAUGGCGAUGAAAUUAUCUGUGUGCACAGUGCAAAAAUUAUGAUGUGAAUAUUAAAUUUGUAGAAAAACCAAAGUAACAAUCAAAACAAUAAACAUACCCGAACGAAGAAAUCGAAAGCAAACCCAUUUAAGUGUUCUUGAAUAUAGUCGACUACAACGAAGCGAGCGCGAAAAAAAACACCACACGAACAAAGCAAACAAAACGAAUUAAAAAGCUUUAUUAGUAAUACAAUUUUCGUGGAAUUGAAGUCGCUGUUUUCAACUGGCUUCAACACCUUGUGUUCGAUUCUUGUAUCUCUCUAGCUCCGGUUAGUCAAGAUGAAUAAUUUUUUGAACGCGACGCGUAACAAGUAAUGUGACGCUGUUCAAUCCAAGUGGAUGUUGUAAAAUUGGCACAACGAUUUUUUCUGUGUGUGAAAUUAAAUGGGUUUUUUAAAUAGGAUGAAGAGAAAUUUUUGAAAAAAGUGAAAAAUUGAAUAAGAAAAACGUUCAUGAAGUGUCUCUGGUUUUGUUGAACAAACUAUAGUCUCUAUAGUAAUAACUAUAGUAACUAUAAUGGUACUAUUGCUAGUUGAACAAUUACACAUUUGAGUUUUAAAAAAAAAUUCUAAGGAAAAGAGUCCAUUUUUAUUGCGUGGUGAAAAGUACUCCUUUAUUUUGAUACACAUUUUGCUUGGUCGUUGGUGUUCUAUCCAAAAAUGCAAUUUGAUGAAAUUCAAACCAAUGUGAAAAAAGAAGAAACAUAUGAAGAAAUUGAAAAUUUAAGUGGCAAAGAGUAUAUAGCGGAGUGUGAAAAUGUGUCAGAAAUGGAUUUUAGUGAAUCACCGCGCUCUUCGACAUCAAACGAAUUUACAGAUUUUUCCAAUCCGACGCAACCGAAUGACGAUAGUGAAGAUAAUGAUGAAUCUUCAGCUUCAGAAGAACUUAACGUGAACCUCCCAGCUGAUCCGAACAAAUGGGAUGCUGGACACAUAAAAGUAUGGUUGAAAUGGAUGACCAAAAAUUUUAAAAUAAAACCACCACCGGUGCGCUCUCGAUUCCCGAACAAUGGCAAAGAGCUGGUGGCAUUAACGAUGGCUGAAUUCUGGGUGUGUGCUGGCUCGGAGUGUGGAGGUAAAACACUGGCAAAAUACAUCGCAUGGAAAGUGCUCGAUGCCACCGGUAAAUCAGUACCAACGUUAGAAUGCAACAUAGAUCCCUAUCCAUAUCAAUUGUUGAACGCAGCCUCACACAGACUAGUGUCACAAGGGUCGGGCCAAAUUCAACUGUGGCAAUUUCUGUUGGAGCUGCUAGCUGAUUCGUCGAAUACCGAGUUUAUCACGUGGGAGGGUACAAAUGGCGAAUUCAAGCUCAUCGAUCCUGACGAAGUGGCGCGCCGUUGGGGAGAACGGAAAGCAAAACCGAACAUGAACUACGACAAGCUCAGUCGAGCGCUCAGGUACUAUUACGAUAAGAAUAUAAUGACCAAAGUGCAUGGCAAACGAUAUGCGUACAAAUUUGAUUUUCACGGACUGAUGGCCGCAUGCCAACAACAGGCACAAGGUGGUGAUCCAACGGCAAACAUGCUAUCGGUUGCUAAUUAUGGUCGUAGUCUAUCUGCAGACUCAAUUCAAUGUCCAACGACAAUGUAUUCAACCAUACCGUCAUCUAUUCAAAUCCCACUGAUUCCAACGAUGACAACGGCCAUUUCAACACCCAGUAUACUUACCUCACAGACAAUGGCUACAUCUUCACAGUCGACCACAUCGGCAAUAAUCAAACCAUCGGCAUCGACUGCAUCAACAUCCAGCCUUUUUCCAUCCUACUAUUGCCCACCGCCGUACUAAUUAAUUGCGGUCAUUUAAGCGCUCGCACUUCCUUAAGUGGGAUUUUCUGUAAUGGCCAGUUGACCGAUACGACACAGAGUUUUAUCGGUUACGGUUUCAAAUGCAUGACCCUUUUUACAUACAGCAUUUGCAAAACACCUAAUAAAUUUGGUCAUUUGUGAUAUAAUUACAUGUCGUAAAUUCCUAUGACAAUGAAAAGGUAUUACGCAAGAAAAGAAUAUUUUGGCCGGACAACUGUUGCGUCUGUGCACAUAAAUGUGCACAAUAAAAAUGGCAUUAUUAUUACAAAGAGCCUGAUACAAAGUGACACCAAAAAUUGUAGCGUCAAAAACACAUUUUAGGCAAAUUUUGACUCGUGUUUUGCCAGCGGCGCUCAAGCGCUACUCAGCUCGAACAAAAAUAAAAGUUUUAACUACCAACAUAUUCUAUGAUACAAUAAUUGAUUUAUUGUUUCAUCAUUUGUUCGAUGAACUUUCCAUAAUAAACAGUGUUUAUUUUAUUAAACACUAUUGAAUUCCUUUGAUUGCACCUCCCAGAUGGUGCACUUCGAUAAGAUUGUAAGCAUAUUAUGUGUUAUUGUACAAACUCACUUACAAUUGUUACACAAUCAAAACAAUCAGUUUUAUGUUCAUUUUUAUUCUUGUUUUGUUUUUAUGCUUGCACUUCAUUUUAGUGGACGCGAUUUAUAUUGUUGUAAAUAUAUCGAUGUCAUAUAUUAAGACUACUUGGAAAUAUUUAGAAUAAAAUGUAAAUAAAUUAAAUUUUCAGUUCCA